AGGACUGCGACAACUCCUGUGGAACUUAAAACAUGUCUAAAAUCCAUCAAAGAAAAUGCCUUUUGUGCCUCUCCGUACCCUGUCAUAAUAACUCUGGAAGACCACCUCACACCAGAUCUUCAGGCUAAAGCAGCACAGAUGGUCACUGAGACAUUUGGGGAAACACUGUUUUACCCUGAAUCAGAAUGCUUUAACGAAUUUCCUUCUCCCGAAGAGUUGAAAUAUCGCAUUAUUAUUUCAACCAAACCUCCAAAGGAGUACCUUGAAGCUGACAGUUUCAAGAACAAGAGAAAUAACUCGCAGAAUUUGAAGGAUUCGGAUGAAGAUGUUUGGGGAAAGGAGCCAUCAAGCCUUACUGCUGACCAAGAAGACAAUGAUACGAGUGAUAGUGAUAGGAGUGAUCACAACCACGAUGAAGCAGACGAUGAUGAUAAAAAAUUACGACCAUGUCUUGAAUAUAAGCGUCUAAUAACUAUCCAUGCAGGAAAACCCAAAGGUGGGUUAAAGGAGGCACUAAAAGUAGAAAUUGAUAGAGUUAGACGCCUCAGUUUGAGUGAACAAGCACUAGAAAAGGCAGCUGAAUCCCAUGGACUGGAUGUUCUGAGGUUCACCCAGAAGAAUAUCCUGAGGGUGUACCCUAAAGGUACUCGGUUUAACUCAUCUAACUACGAGCCAUUCAUUGGUUGGAUGCAUGGAGCUCAGAUGGUUGCAUUUAAUAUGCAGGGAUAUGGUAGAGCACUUUGGUUGAUGCAGGGGAUGUUCAGAUCCAACGGAGGGUGUGGUUAUGUGAAAAAACCUGAUUUCUUGAUGAACGUUGGUCCCCAUAAUGAGGGUUUUGAUCCUAAAGCAAAGUUGCCAGUGAAGAAAACUUUGAAGGUGAAAGUCUAUAUGGGAGAUGGAUGGCAUUUGGAUUUUAAGCAAACUCACUUUGAUCUGUAUUCCCCACCUGACUUCUACACUAGGGUUGGCAUAGCUGGAGUGCCUGAUGAUGAGGUAAUGAAGAAAACAAAGACAAAAGAGGAUAAUUGGACACCUGUUUGGGGUGAAGAGUUCACAUUUCCAUUGACAGUUCCUGAGCUAGCUUUACUUCGGAUUGAAGUACACGAGCAUGACAUGUCUGAGAAAGAUGAUUUUGCUGGGCAGACGUGCUUACCUGUUUCUGAAUUAAAGCCCGGGAUACAUGCAGUCCCCCUGUGCGACCGCAAGGGAGAGAAGUACAAUUCAGUGAGGCUUCUCAUGCGCUUUGAGUUUGUCUGAAAUCUUCAUUUUCAUCUGUAUAUUUGUGCACUUUUUACCUACUCUGGCUUUCUACUAUGAUGUUUGUGUUUGGCUUUGAGGACUCUAAUAGGCAUUUGUUGUAGAAGAUUUGUGUGUGAUUGGACAUAAAAUUUUAUGAAUCUUCUUUUGAGAUUAGGUGGGGAAAUUCGGACAAAGCAAAAAGAGAAAAAACAUUGUUGUUAAUUAAAUGGUUCGUUUUG